AUGGCGACCGCUACCCAGAAUCCCCCAAGCUCGACCGUAUAUGUUAAAAACCUCGAAGAGCGGAUUAAGGUCGACCAGCUCAAAGAAGCCCUGUCCGAAAUCUUCUCCGAAUAUGGCACCAUCAUCGACAUAGUAGCCAAGAAGAACCUAAAAGCCAAAGGCCAGGCAUUCAUCGUUUUCGAAUCACCCGACGAUGCGGCCAAGGCGAUCGAAGAAGUCAACGAUUUCGAACUCUUCGAUAAGCCCAUGCAACUAGAUUUCGCCCGCUCGCGGUCCGACGCGACAGUACUGAAAGAAGAAGGCGACCAGGGUCUCGAGAAGUGGAAGCGAUCGCGACUCGCGGAGAAAGAGAGAAAACAAGCACUUGAAGCCACACAACAGAAAUUGAAGAGACCAGCACCUGCACAAGAGGCGGCCGGUCUGGGCGCGCGGCCUGCGAAGGCGGUCAAGGGCGCAGGACUCAAGGCAUCAGGCACGAAUGCAGCGGCUAUCGUGCCAGACGAGUAUCUGCCUCCGAACAAGAUUCUCUUCGUACGGGAUCUGCCAGACAGCUACGAUGCGGAUGGUUUGUCGAGGAUAUUCAGCAGAUUCGAAGGAUUCAAGGAAGUCAGAAUGGUCCCUGGGCGAAAAGGCAUUGCUUUCGUGGAAUACGAAGCAGAAGCUGGUGCGAUUAGUGCAAAGGAGGCCACAGCGGGGAUGCAGUUGGGUGAUGAGGGCAAGGGCAUCAGAGUCACCUACCAACGAGCUUGA